GGUAUCGUGCUAAUAAGGGUAGAUGCCCAAAUGUCGCGAAAUGAUUGCGGAACCAUACCGGUAGCAUAGCGAGUUACAGCGCAAUAACUCCGUACUUCAUUGCUUUGAGCAUCUCAACUCAUGCUUACUAGUUACGCAAAAAGUAGUAAGAAGGAAUAAAAGAGGUAGUAGCAGCAAACUUUCCGCCACUGAAGAGUUUGAAAGUUGAAAUUUCAGGUUUCGCAGACGCAUCUGAUCCGCCUUCUGAACAAAGCGGAAAUCCUAUUUCGAGCUACGUUGUCGAGUACUCCGUACACUCCUUAUCAUUGUAAACCAGUCAGUAAAUAUCCUGUAAAGUUAUCUCAAAAUGGCUUCGGAUGCGACAAGCGCAGGCGGAGAUGGUACUCCAGUCGAUGAAUAUAUUAAGACAAUGACACACAACUACGUCUCUCGCAAGGCCGACAUCGAAGGAGCCAAAAGGGUAGAAAUAAAGGGUCGGUCUAUUUUACAUGAGGGCGUCAAGGUUCGAGGGGACCUUCAGAUAGUAAAAAUUGGAAGAUACUGCGAAAUCGGGGCGUUGACAUCUCUCGAGCCACCCGAAAUUCCAUUUCGAAAAGACAAGCGAGUGCCCAUGAUCAUCGGAAGCCACACGCACAUCGGAAAGGAAUGCACCAUUCAGGGGGCGGCCAUUGGAAGCAGUAAGUCAGAGAACGACAGAUGAAUCAAAACUUGGUGGGCUAGAUCUGCAACAUGCGAUUUUCAUUUUUGUCCGUUMCUGACAUAUCAUACUUGCACACACUUGGCGAUGUUUCGCUGCUCUUAAUCUGGAUUUUGUUCCAUUGCAAUCCUCCGUUAUUUUGACCUUCAAACUAUAAUUAUCAGUGGUUUCGAUUGGAGACAACGUGAAAAUUGGCAAGCGAUGUAUCAUCAAAGACAAUUGCAUCAUAGAAUCAAAUGUUACCUUGGGAGACGAUACGGUCAUUCCACCAUUUACAUUAAUAUCGCAGAAUAAUCCUACUUUUUAUCAGCAAUUGCCACCAAGCGUGGCAGUUCAAACACAGGAAGUAUCGUUGGACCGUUACUCAGAAUUCAAACAAAAGCAGCGAGCGAUACAAUGACGUGAUGGUGGUGAAGUAAACAAUCUUGUUGAGAGACGGUAGAAGCAACUUUUGUUGCUUGAAAAUCUACGAACAUAGAUUUAAUACAAAUGCCUAACUCCG